AUGACAGUAACAACUGCAAACGCAACUGUGUCCAGCAGAUCAGACAGGUUGUCCGUGAGUCCCGGUCGUGGUCGCAGAUCUGUGCACGAUGAAGACGAGGAGAUCCUGGAGAUUACUGAGAAGCAUGGAGCCCUGUACAACGCCAUCCCCUGCAUGCCUCUACCUGUGGCCAUCCUCUUCUGUAUUUUCAACAUAGUCGUGCCUGGUUUAG